UAAGUUUGACAGCCAUGAAUAACAGGGCUGUUUAAACUGAGCUGCCUUAUUGGUUUUGUGUGUCAAUUAUGUUAAUGUCGGGCUGAGUUUAAAGCCGUCAAACGACACACACACACAUUUACAUACACACACACACAAGGUUCGUCGCGCAUACGGCCUGUUAAUAUGGUCACAUGACAGGAACGGAGAACCUGAUGCUAGCACUUCUGCUCUUUUUGCCACCAAGAUCCCACAUGACAUGAAAUGAUGCUCGGCCAGUUCUUCAAAGAUAGGAGACUCCGGGAGAUGGCCACUGAGGACAAGUCCCUGCCAUCGGACUGGAGCGUGGAGCCGCCCGUCACCUCGCCUGCCAGCCCCUCCCACCUGACCCACUUCAAGCCGCUCACGCCGGAACUAGAUGAGCCACCACUGCGCUCGGCAUACAGCUCCUUCGUCAACCUGUUCCGCUUCAACAACAAAGAUGAGGGCCGUCCCCCCGUGGCAGCUUCGGACAAGCCGGACGAGCCAAACCCUUCCCCUCAGUCGGAGAGAAGGAGCUGGUCGUCCAGCUCUUCCCCUUCCGUGUACAGCUCCAGGGCGCACAGGAAGCCGCAUCCCGAGCACCUGCGACGCAGUUCCACCGCCUCAGAUAGCAGCAGGAAGUCUGAUACGCCGCUGAGUAACCAUGACCCCCGAACUGCUGUGCAGCUUCGCACGGCACUGAAGCGACUCAAGGAAAUUAUGGAUGGAAAGAGCCAGGACAGCGACCUGAAACAGUAUUGGAUGCCUGACAGCCAGUGCAAGGAGUGCUAUGACUGCAAUGAAAAGUUCACCACAUUCCGCCGGCGCCACCACUGCAGGUUGUGCGGGCAGAUUUUCUGUAGCCGCUGCUGCAAUCAGGAGAUUCCCGGCAAGUUCAUUGGUCACCUAGGAGACCUGCGAGCCUGUACGUACUGUCGUAAAAUAGCGCUGAACUACGCUUACUCCGCGGAGUCGGGCUCCAUCGGCGAGGACCUCAACGUCUUGUCUGACUCCUCCUGCUCUGUGUGUGUGUUGGAAUCCAGUGAGCCACGAACGCCUGUUGGGGGGCGCAAGGCCAGCAGGAACAUCUUCCUGGAGGAAGACCUGACCUGGCAGAGAAUGAUCCAUCAGGAACCUCAAAAAAGUGUCCUGCCUUCCAGACUGACAACGCUGCAAGAAGACGUGUGUAAAUCCCCCACUAGGAAGAGAUCCGCCAGCGUCACCACCCUGUCUCUAGACCGCUCUGGUACCUCCAUGCUGCCUUCCUACGACACCUCAGUCAGCCCACCCACUACGCGGGCAUUGACGGGCGCCAAGAGUGCCACCAAGCUUGACCACAGCGAGGAGGAGAGAAAGAACCUCCUGGACUCCUCCCAGCUGAAGGACCUGUGGAAAAAGAUCUGCCACAACAACACAGGAAUGGAGUUCCAGGACCACAGAUACUGGCUUAGGACCUACCCCAACUGCAUUGUGGGGAAGGAGCUGGUCAACUGGCUGCUGAGAAACGGCACCAUCUCCAACCGGGCCCAGGCGAUUGCCAUCGGCCAGGCGCUGGUGGACGGUCGCUGGCUGGACUGUGUCACCCACAACGACCAGCUUUUUAGGGACGAAUACGCCCUCUACCGCCCCCUGCAGAGCACAGAGUUCUCAGAGACGCCGUCUCCUGAUAGCGACAGCGUCAACUCUGUGGAGGGACAUUCCGAGCCAUCCUGGUUCAAGGACAUCAAGUUUGACGACAGCGAUACGGAGCGGCUGGCGGAUGAGUCGGACUACAACAUACCUAGUUCUGCCAGUGCCAGCAAGAGGACAUCUGUCAGCAGCUCUCAGUCAGUGGUGGACAGCGACUCUGCGGCCUCCAUCAACCUCAACAUGGAGCACAGCAACGUCAACUUCCACAUUAAGAAGCAGUCCAAAUAUCCGCACGUGCCUUCGUCCGCCGAGCAGAAAGCUGAAUUUCUGAUGUCUGAAGACGGAGGACAAAACAUUGUGAUCAGCGAUGCUUUCAUCAAAGAGUCUCUGUUCAACCGGCGUGUGGAGGAGAAGGCUAAAGAGAUGCUGUUCACGCCGCUGAGUUGGCACCACAGCUCUCUGGACCAGCUCAGAGAAGAGAACGGAGAGAAAAAGGCCAUGGAGAGGCUGCUCUCGGCCAAUCACAGCCACAUGAUGGCGCUCCUGCAGCAGCUACUCUACAGCGAGUCCCUGUCCCUGUCCUGGCGGGACGUCAUCGUCCUUGUUGUCCACCAGGUGGUCCAGAAGGUGCGGCCUGAUGUGCGGAACUGUGACGACGACAUGGACAUCAGACAGCUGGUUCACAUUAAAAAGAUUCCUGGAGGGAGGAAGUUUGACUCCAACGUGGUGAAUGGUUUUAUAUGCACCAAGAACGUUGCUCACAAGAAGAUGAAUUCAUACAUCAAGAACCCUAAAAUCCUGCUGCUGAAAUGCUCCAUUGAAUAUCUGUACAGGGAGGAGACCAAGUUCACCUGCAUCGACCCAAUUGUGCUGCAGGAGCGAGAGUUUUUGAAGAACUACGUGCAGCGCAUAGUGGACGUCCGGCCGAACCUGGUUCUCGUGGAGAAGACGGUGUCUCGUAUCGCUCAGGACAUGCUGUUGGAGCACGGCAUCACCUUGGUGAUCAACGUCAAACCGCAAGUCUUAGACCGAGUCAGUCGAAUGACCCAAGGUGACCUGGUGUUGUCCAUGGACCAGCUCCUCACUAAACCUCGUCUGGGCACAUGUCACAAGUUCUAUAUGCAGCCUUUCACCCUGGCCAACAACGAUGUCAAAACGCUGAUGUUCUUCGAGGGCUGCGCCACCCACCUGGGCUGCUCCAUCAAGCUGCGCGGUGCCUCCGAAUACGAGCUGGCCCGGGUGAAGGAGAUCAUCAUGAUGAUGGUGUGUGUGGCCUACCACUCCCAGCUGGAGAUCUCCUUCCUCAUGGACGAGUUUGCCAUGCCGCCUUGCCUGGCCCAGAGCGCCUCCUUUCCCUGCCUGCUGGAGGGCGCGUCCGCCGAGGUGGAGGCGUACGACGAGAAUCAGGACACAAUUGUAGAAUGUGCUGAUGGUUCCACAACACCCAGCCAGCCCGAUGAGGACACAUUUACUCCUGGGACGGAACACAGCGAGGACCGUCCACGAUCAUCAGCAUCCUCUGUCCACAACGAUGAAGCUGGACUCAAAGAGACAAGGACCUCCUCGCCCUUUUCCAGCCUUUCUGCUCCUCCUCUGUCGGUAUCCCCUCCGUUCAUCAUGGAAGACGAGCAAGAGAUUAUGCCCAAUAUAUUCUGCGGGGAAACAGAGGAGGAAAGGCUGGAAAGCACGGAAGAUAAGGGAUCAGAAACGCCCCGUUUUUUCAGGGACCCCCUACAGGAUGACACGGGCCUGUUUGUCGCUGAGCAGGUGGCGUCGACUGACGACCGCCUCAAGUCCAUGUCGGCUGUUUUUAAGCAGGAGCUGAAGGACAUAAUUUUGUGUAUCUCGCCCUUCAUCACAUUCCGAGAACCGUUCCUGCUCACGUCUGCCGGAAUGCACUGCCCCAGCAGAGACUACUUCCCAGAACAGGUCUACCUGUCCCCCCUCCUCAGCAAGGACUUCAAAGAACUGGACGGGCGCAGAAAGAGGCAGCUCCUCAAGGACUCUGCGUCGUCUUCGCUGGUCGGCAGCGGUCAGACAAACGGCGCGACUCCGUCCAAGCCAGUCGACAUCUUGCCGUGCCACAGCCUCACCAGCACCCGUAUCGUGGAGCAGCUGAGCAGCAGCCAGGACCUGGCCAAGAUGCUGGCAGAGUACAGGGCCAAGGGAGGUCGCAUUCGGCAGAGGCAGGCGGGUGACCCCUUCAACGUGGUGCUCAACGGCCAGAGCAAGGCAGAGGAGACGGGGCCAGUCAAGGCGUCUAUGAAGGGCGAAGGUGAAGAAGACAAACCGAGCAAGCAGAGUGAAAUGAGCAUGGCGCCUAAGAUGGACUGUCUGACACCUGUCAAUCAUCAGCGGCUAUGCGUGCUCUUCAGCAGUUCUUCGGCUGAGUCCAGCAACGCUCCAAACCCCUGCGUCAGCCCGUGGAUCGUCACCAUGGAGUUCUACGGCAAGAAUGACCUCUCGCUUGGCGUCUUCUUGGAGAGAUACUGUUUCAGGCCGUCCUACCAGUGUCCAAGCAUGUUCUGUGAGACUCCCAUGGUGCACCACAUCCGCCGCUUCGUGCACGGCAAUGGUUGUGUGCAGAUAGUGCUGAAGGAGCUGGACUCGCCGGUUCCCGGUUAUCAGCACACCAUCCUCAACUACUCCUGGUGCCGCAUCUGCAAACAGGUGACCCCAGUGGUGCCCCUGUCCAACGACUCUUGGUCCAUGUCAUUCGCAAAGUACCUGGAACUGCACUUCUACGGCCACCAGUACACCAGGCGGGCCAACGCCGAACCUUGCGGACACUCCAUCCACAAAGACUACCACCAGUACUUUUCCUACAACCAGAUGGUGGCCUCCUUCAGCUACACAUCUGUGAGGCUGCUGGAGAUUUGUCUUCCUCGUCCCAAGAUCUUCAUCAGGAACCAAGGGCCCUCCAAAGCCAACCUGCAGCAGGACCUAAAGGACUUCUCGCAGAACGUAUCGCAGGUCUACCUGGCUAUCGACGACCGCCUCACCUCCCUGAAGACGGACACCUUCAGUAAGACCCGGGAGGAGAAGAUGGAGGACAUCUUCGCUCAGAAAGAUAUGGAGGAGGUGGAGCUGCGCAGCUGGAUCGAGAAGCUCCAGGCACGACUCCAAGCAUGCGGUCUGGAUUCCCCCCAGCAGCUCCAGGCUGUGCUGGAGUCCUUGGUGGUGAAGAAGCAGAGUCUGUGCGAGGUGCUGCAGUCGUGGAACAGCAGGCUACAAGACCUGUUCCAGCAGGAGAAAGGCCGCAAGCGUCUGUCCGUCCCCCCUAGCCCAGGCCGCCACCGGCAGACUGCCUCUGAUGACACCAAGAGCACGCUGGACUCCUCCCCCCGUAACCCCUCACCUGUGGUGCAAAACGGGGACAAAGAGGACCGUCACCUCAGCACUUUACCUUCCACGUCCUCCACCACCGUGCUGUUGUCGCCACCCGCAGACCCCGGAGUCGAAACCGUUACCCCCGCUCCCUCCUUCACGGAGCCUGACUCUGUCAGCAUCCCAGAAGACGUGUUCGACGGACACUUGCUGGGCUCCACUGACAGUCAGGUGAAGGAGAAAUCCACUAUGAAGGCCAUCCUGGCCAACUUCCUGCCCGGCAACAGCUACAACCCCAUUCCCUUCCCGUUUGACCCGGACAAGCACUACCUGAUGCACGAACACGAGCGAGUUCCCAUCGCCGUGUGCGAGAAAGAACCGAGCUCCAUCAUUGCCUUCGCCCUCAGCUGCAAGGAGUACAAAACGACGCUGGAUGAUUUGUCCACGGCGUCCAAAGCGGGAGGAGACGAGACGUCGCAGGCCAGCAGCGGAGAGAGCCGAGCGAAGGGAAGUCCCGCUAGGCUCGGCGAGCCAGCCCAGCAGAGUCGCGCCGGCUCGGACGGCGAGCCGCCAAAGGAUGCGGACAUGGCGGACAGACAGAAGAAGCAGUCGCAGAACCCGCACAUCGAGUUACAGUUCUCGGACGCCAACGCCAAGUUCUACUGUCGGGUUUAUUAUGCCGAGGAGUUCCACAAGAUGCGGGAGGACAUCUUGGAGAGCGCAGAAGAAGAUUUCAUUCGCUCGCUUUCUCACUGUGUCAACUGGCAAGCACGAGGUGGAAAGUCUGGGGCCGUUUUCUACGCUACUGAAGAUGAUCGUUUCAUCCUGAAGCAGAUGCCCAGACUGGAGGUUCAGUCCUUCCUGGACUUUGCGCCUCACUACUUUACCUACAUGACAGGAGCAGUGCAGCAGAAAAGGCCGACGGCGCUGGCCAAGAUCCUGGGUGUUUACCGCAUCGGCUACAAGAACUCCCAGAACAACGCUGAGAAGAAACUGGACCUGCUGGUGAUGGAAAACCUCUUUUACGGACGCAAGAUGGCUCAGGUGUUUGACCUCAAGGGUUCGCUGCGGAACCGCAACGUCAAGACGGACUCGGGCAAGGAGAGCUGCGAGGUGGUCCUGCUGGACGAGAACCUCCUUAAGCUGAUCUACGACAACCCGCUCUAUAUCCGCUCGCACUGCAAGUCGGUGCUGCGGGCCGCCAUCCACAGCGACGCCUACUUCCUGUCCAGCCACCUCAUCAUCGACUACUCGCUGCUGGUGGGCCGCGACGACGCCACUGAUCAGCUAGUGGUCGGCAUCAUCGAUUACAUCAGGACGUUCACCUGGGACAAGAGGCUGGAGAUGGUGGUCAAAUCCACAGGGAUUCUGGGAGGUCAAGGUAAGAUGCCCACGGUGGUUUCCCCCGAGCUGUACCGCGCUCGCUUCUGCGAGGCCAUGGACAAGUACUUCCUCAUGGUGCCGGACCACUGGACCGGACUGGGCAUCAACUGCUGAGCGGACACGGCCCAAGACUCUGAGCACGCCAGAGAAAGAUGCGACGUGCACGCUGGUAUUUUUUAAUUCAUUAUUAUGAAACAUUCCAUAAUGAAGAGAAGCGAUAGUCCAACUUUUAAAGUCGUUUUUUAAAUCCCUGGAGUCCAGUGGAAACCCUUCCUGUUGUUUUAUCGGUGCCGCAUUGAUGAUUGUUACAUAGUGUAAUUUAAAAUUUUGAAUAUGUACAGAUGAUGGAACUAUUAAAAGAAUAUUAACCCUGA